UUAUAUACAUUGCGCGUCUAUAUGUAUUUGCGGAUUGCUAAUUGCCGUACAACUCAUAACAAAUCAGCAUGAAUAACAUGUGGAUAAUAUUCAUGAUAUUAGGCCUAAUCGUGCUCGCUCUGCUGCUACUGCUGUUCAUGGCCGCGCGCUAUCAGCGCGACUACUGGCGAUAUCUGGACGUACCGCACGAGAGGCCCAAGAAGCUAUGGCCCAUCAUCAAGCAGCUCGUCACGCAGUCGCUCAGCACCGACGCCAUGAAGACCGCUCACUACACGAGCAUCUACAACAAGUUCAAGGGCAGCGGACCCUUCUGCGGCUUCUAUGCGCUGCUCCAGCCGCGCGCUCUAGUGCUGGAUCGCGAGCUGAUACGGCAGAUCAUGAUCAAGGAUUUCUGGAAUUUCAAUGAUCGCGGCAUUUACUGCAACCAGAAGACGGACCCGCUGUCGGGCGAUUUGUAUGGAUUGCGCGGCAACAAAUGGAAGGAGAUGCGCCAGAAGCUGGAGCCCAGCUUCGAGCGGGACCGCAUGGCCUGGCUCUAUGACAGCCUGUACGAGGAGGCCGAGCAGCUCCUGCUCACUGUCAGCACCACGCUGAUGAAGCAGCCACACUCCACGCUUCACAUACAGAAGCUCAUGCGACGCUAUGUGCUCUCCGCCCUGGCCAGCUGUGUGUUCGGCGUGAAUGCCGAGCAGCGCCAGAAGUAUUCCUUGGACGAGUUCGAGCAGAUGACGGAGCUGGCGCUGAGCACUCGCAAGCAUGGAUAUCUGAUGAAUCUGAUGAUGGUACGCUUUCCCAACUUCUGCCGCAAGCUGCGCAUGCGUCUAACCCCCAAGCCGGCCGAGCACUACUUUCUGAGCCUGCUCGAGGACAUUGUGGCGCAGCGGGAGGCAUCGGGUGUGCGGCGCCAGGACUACCUCCAGCUGCUGCUGGAUAUCAAAGCGAUGGAGCUAAACACGCACGAGUAUGAGGCUGACAAGGAGCUGAAGGCGCAUCUGCAACACGAGCUGGCAGCCCAUGCAUUUCUGUUCCUCAAGGCUGGCUACGAGCAAACCGCCAACACUCUGUCCUUCGCUCUCUACGAGCUGGCCCUCAACCCUGAGGUGCAAUCCCAGUUGCGCCAGGAACUGAAGCAGGCCAUGGACGGGCAUCAAAACAGCCUGAGCUACGAGUGUGUGCAAUCCCUAACACUCAUGGGGCAAGUCAUACUCGAAACAUUACGCAUGCAUCCCAUCACGCCCUACAUAAUGCGUCGCUGCCUCAACGACUACGUGGUGCCGGAUCAUAUCAAAUAUACGCUAGUCAAGGAGCUGUUCGUGAUCAUACCCACGCACGCCAUACACAACGAUCCCGAGUACUACCCGGAGCCAGACCGGUUUAAGCCCGAGCGCUGGGGCAGUCCCCGAGACUCGUUCAAGGAGCAGAGCACAUGGUUCGGCUUCGGCUCCGGCGUACGCAACUGCAUUGGCAUGCAGUUCGCGCAGCUGCAGCUGCGGCUGGCACUGGCUGUGCUGCUGCUGGAGUUCGAGUUCACUUUGAACUCGAAAAGACCUUUGGUCAGCCUGGACGACGGCGUCGCGCUGCAGCUAACGCCUCUGGGUGUGGUCGAGCCCGGCCUGGAGGAGCGUGCGGUCUAAGCGAGCGCGUGGUCCUCGAAUAAUGAAUUUAAAAUGUGAAUAAAGUUUUGCUUGAGUUACGAAACUCUAAGUUACCCUCAAAAAAGAAUAAGAAAAAUUACAAAAAAAUGAUUGAAUAAAAAUAGUUAAGAGUGAAA